GUCCAGCUCGACGCUCCCUUUCUUUUGCCUGAUACCCGCAUCAAUUACGGCCUUGUCUGCCGUCCGUUCCUUCGCUCUGACAGUCCUUGACAACUGAUCCAUUUCGUCGAUUUCCGCGUCGCCGGCCAGCCCUACUGUUUCCUAUAGCUACCGCGGAACGACACACACGAUGGCUUACCGCCAGCACAACGAUCCUUACUAUUCCAAUAACAACUACAACCACCACUCCGACUAUCCCCCCUCCGCCGCCGCUCACGCCUACUCCACCGAUAUGCCUCCCGCUGGUAAUGCUGGAAAUUACCAUGCGCACAACGGCUACAGCGAUUAUGAUGCGCACUCCGGGUGGGACAACAAGUCAACAAAGUCCUUCAAUACCUAUCACAGUGGGUACGCUGAUUCGCAGGCCCACCUCAAUCCGCAGUACGAAAUGUCCGAGGUUGCGCCUCCUCUUCCCACAAUGGGCUACCAAUCAAACUAUCCCCCGCACCAGCUUCGGCCGCCUAUGAGUCCACAGAGUACAGGCGGGUGGUCUAGUGCAAGGGAUAAGCUGCUCAAGCGACGUUCCGUCCGCCAAGUUGAGCUGUACCAGGGUAAUCUUGUUCUUGAUGUUCCCGUUCCAUCACACAUCGUUCCCAAGGCAUCUGGUGGAAGCGAAGAGAUGACCAAGAUGCGUUACACGGCUGCGACUUGUGAUCCUGAUGAUUUCAUGCGACAAAAAUACUCUUUGCGCCCCUAUCUCUACGGUCGACAGACGGAGCUCUUCAUAGUCAUGACCAUGUAUAAUGAAGAUGAAGUUCUGUUUGUCAAGACUAUGAAUGCUGUCAUAAAAAAUAUAGCGCAUCUCUGUGGUCGUACAAGGUCAAAAACAUGGGGUCCUAAUGGAUGGCAAAAAGUAGUCGUGUGCGUUGUUUCCGAUGGACGUAACAAGGUCAACAAGCGCACACUCCACGUUCUGGCUUUGAUGGGGUGCUAUCAAGAAGGUAUCGCCAAGGAUUCAGUCGCUGGAAAAGAUGUUACAGCCCAUAUCUUCGAAUACACUUCCAAUGUGGUUGUAUCAGAAGCGGGUGAAGUCUCGUCUGGUGCUUGUCCAGUGCAGAUUAUAUUCUGCCUUAAAGAACAGAACAAGAAAAAGCUCAACAGCCACCGCUGGUUCUUUAAUGCCUUUGGCCCUCUUAUUCAGCCUCACGUCUGCGUCUUGCUGGAUGUGGGAACUAAGCCGACAGGAACAUCUAUUUACGAGUUAUGGAAAUGCUUCGAUAAGAACAAGAACGUUGGUGGGGCAUGCGGAGAGAUCUGCGUCGAUACCGGCAGAGGCUGCUCCUUGUUAUUGACCAGCCCUCUCGCAGCUUCUCAGAACUUUGAGUACAAGAUGUCAAACAUUCUGGACAAGCCACUUGAAUCCGUAUUUGGGUACAUCUCUGUGCUUCCAGGUGCUUUCUCCGCCUACCGCUACAAGGCGCUUCAGAAUCACCCGAAUGGGACAGGUCCCUUGGCUAGUUACUUUAAGGGCGAGACGAUGCAUGGAGGCGGAGCAAGCGGUGCGGGUCUCUUCGAGCGCAACAUGUACCUCGCUGAGGAUCGUAUUCUCUGCUUUGAAAUCGUUACGAAGAAAAGAGAAGCCUGGGUUCUGCGAUACGUGAAGAGUGCGAAAGCAGCGACUGAUGUUCCAACAUCUGUGCCCGAAUUCAUUUCUCAGAGGCGUAGAUGGCUUAACGGAUCACUGUUCGCCGCCAUCCAUGCGACAUUCCACUUUUACCGCAUCUUUACGAGUGGUCACAACAUCAUCCGGAUGUUUAUCCUCUUCAUCGAGUUUAUUUAUAAUGCAAUCCAGCUUGUAUUUACCUGGACGUCUCUGGCAAACUUCUACCUGGCUUUCUUCUUCUUGGUCUCCUCGGCAACGUCUGAUCGCAAAACGGACGCCUUCAACUUUUUGAGUGUUGGCGCGGGUUCCAAGGUCUUUGAGAUUGUCCUUAAGGUCUACAUUGCGCUGCUUUUCGUUAUGACUGUCUGCUCGUUGGGUAAUCGGCCACAAGGCUCAAAGUGGACUUAUACCAUAGCCAUCUUCCUCUUUGGUGUGUGCAACAUGAUCACCUUGUGGUGUGCCGCUUGGACCGUUUACUUGGCCGUCCCCCACUCCGUGGAUGGUUGGAAGAAUAUCGGACACCUGAUUCAAGUCAAUGAGACUUUCAGGGACAUCGUUAUUUCCUUAGUUGCUACGUAUGGCCUUUACUUCAUUAGCUCGUUUAUGCAUUUCGAACCGUGGCACAUGUUUACAUGCUUUGCCCAAUAUCUGUUCCUCCUGCCGAGUUACGUCAACAUUCUGAUGAUGUACUCGAUGUGCAACUUGCACGAUGUUACUUGGGGAACGAAAGGUGAUAACGGAGCGAGCAAGGACCUAGGAGGCGCGAAGAAGGUCAAGGAUGCUAAUGGAAAGGAAGUUAUGGAGGUCGAGCUGCCUACUGCCAAAGAAGACGUUGACAGUUUGUGGGCUGCGAGCCAGAGUGCACUCCGCCACAAACCACCUUCAGAGAAAGAGCAUCGCGAUGCUGAUACGAAACAGGCUGAUCAUGACAGGAACUCUAGGACGAACGUGGUCCUUACCUGGGUGGGAACAAAUAUGGCGAUGAUUAUUUUCUUCACGUCGCAGGCCUUCCAAGAUUGGGUCCAGAAUACGUUCGAUGUUGAGGAAGGUGCUGCCUUCAACCCAUACCUUGCGUUCUUGUUCUACGCUCUUGCCGGAAUCAGUCUUAUUCGUUUUAUUGGAACGACGUUCUACCUUUUCCUGAGGCUUUUCGGGCACUAAUUGGUCGCUGGGCGUCUGAUUGUCUACUCAAGUGCUUCCACUAAGCUGUCCAUUCCUUCGAAUAUUCCUUUGUAUGGCCACAGUUACCCUGUAUUUGAAGAUGAUGCCUUUGCGCCGAAUGUCUUGAUACCAGUUUACUACAUAAUUAUAUAGUUGUUAUUACCAGAC